AUGGAGUAUCCAAACGACGUUGCUGCUAUCGAAUCUAUUUCUAAAUGUUUCCAUCGACGCUAUGAUGCUUGUCCAGUUUUCUAUAUGGGCUCAUUUACAAAGGCAUGUCAAGCAGCUUUCAGUCCAACGGUGAUUGAAGAACGUCGUCCAGUACUUGUCUAUGUACACCAUGAUGGAAGUAUGCUUGAUAACAUAUUUUGCAACCGUAUAUUUUGUUCGACAACAAUCAUCGAGUAUUUACUUGAAAAUUAUAUUGUGUGGCCAUGUGAUGUUACUUUAGAAGGAAAUAGAAAUAGGACAAUACUUGAUCGAUUUUGUCUUGAAAUCUUACCUAAAAUUCACGAUAAAAUCGAAUUUCUCAAUCUUGAAUCAUCAUCUAUGAAACGUAUUCUACUCUUAACAAAUUAUUCUAAUUUAUAUGGAAUUGGUUUAUAUGAUAUUGCAACAGAAAUAGCGAAAGAUCUUUUUACUGAAUUUGGUGACUACGGAUAUUUUUUUCUAAUAAGAUAG